GUCACCGCCGCCAUCACUGGGAGCGUGGAGCCGAGCGGAGCCUGCGGCCUGAGGCUGAUACAGACGGAGCUCAUCGCUGCCCGACAGCCAGGCUCAGCAAUGGCUUCGGUUACUACAAAUGUUGAUUCCAAAGCCGAGCUCACCUCAUUACUGGAACAGUGGGAGAGGGAGAACAACAAUGGGCAGAACAUUGUCCCUGUCUUGACCAAGAUUUCAGACCUAAUUGAGAAAGAGACUGAGGAGUACCAUAAGGCUGACCCUGAUCCAUUUGAUGAUAGGCACCCUGGUCGAGCAGAUCCAGAAUGUAGAUUGGGACAUCUAUUAAAAAUACUCUUCAAAAAUGAUGAUUUCAUGAAUGCGCUGGUGAAUACGUAUGUGAUGACCAGUAGAGAUCCUCCAGUCAACACUUCAGCGUGCCGUCUGCUGUUGGAUAUCAUGCCUGGAUUGGAAACUGCUGUUGUCUUUCAGGAGAAGGAGGGAAUUGUUGAAAACCUGUUCAAAUGGGCAAAGGAAAGUGACCAGCCACUGAGAACCUAUGCCACUGGUCUCCUUGCUGGGGCUAUGGAAAACCAGGACAUUGCAGCCAACUACCGGGAAGAAAACUCUCAAAUGGUGCCAGUAAUGUUGCAACGCUUACGAGAUUUGCAGCUUCAGGACUUGGAGAACAACCAGAAGAUGAAAUGGCAAAGCCCGCGGAAGCCACACUUCACUUCACUUCUUCCAAUGGAUGAGGAGGCAGUGGACAUGGACUACGGUGACACGUCGAAAAUUGAGGAUGGUGAGGACUGUACUGACGAUGUGUCCUUCCAGAUAACUUCUUCACAUAAAACCAGCAGCAGGAUGAACUCCACUGUCAAGAGCACAGAAAGCGAGGAUGGUGUAAAGGGGAAAGAUGGACGAAGGACUGAGAGGGAGGAUGUAAGGAAAGCAACCAAACAAAGACUCAACUUUGCCAGCUUGGACCCUGAACGAAUAUGCAACGAGCAGUCAAACAGCUGGUCAGAAAUGUCAUCUUGGGUGAUUGGCAAUAAUUAUAAUCUUUUCCCUUUGACCUCUGCCAUCGAGCAAAGGUUAAUUCUUCAAUACUUAACACCCUUAGGGGAGUAUCAGGAGUUGCUAGCUGUGUUCAUGCAGCUUGGUGCUCGAGAACUGCUGAUGUACUACAUUGACCUGAAGCAGACUAAUGAUGUCCAGCUGACUUUUGAAGCUCUUAAGUACUUGGCCUCUCUGUUGUUACACAAAAAAUUUGCAGCUGAGUUUGUGGCUCACGAAGGAGUUCAGAAACUGUUGGAGAUUCCCAGGCCCUCCAUGGCUGCCACAGGAGUGUCCCUGUGUUUGUAUUAUUUGGCUUACAACCAGGAUGCGAUGGAACGGCUGUGCUUGUUACCACAGUACGUACUGUCCGAUGUUGUCAGCUACACCCUGUGGCUAUUGGAAUGCUCCCAUGAGUCGGGCCGCUGUCAUGCCACUUUGUUUUUCUCCAUCUCUUUCGCUUUUCGCUCCAUUCUGGAACUUUUUGAUUUACAAGAUGGUCUCCGACGAGUAGUAAACCUGAUCAGCACACUGGAAAUCUUAAACCUGGAAGAUCAGGGUGCAUUGCUGAGUGACGAUGAGAUAUUUGCCAGUCGCCAGACUGCCAAGCACACAUGUAUGGCUCUACGUAGGUACUUCGAGUCACAUUUGGGAAUUAAAGUGGAGCAAGUGAAAAGAUCGUUGCAACGAACAGAAGGUGGUGCUAUUAUUCACCCUCACCCACCAUGCAAGGCCUGUUCCUAUACCCAUGAGCAGGUAAUGGAGAUGAUGGAGUUUCUGAUUGAAUAUGGCCCAGCAAGACUAUUCUGGGAGCCAGCUGAGGUCUUUCACAAGCUCUCUUGUGUACAACUUCUGUUACAGCUCAUAUCCAUUGCUUGUGAUUGGAGGACUUACUAUGGCAGAAAUGACACUGUGCGUUGUGCUCUCGAUGUGCUGGCAGUCCUCACAGUAGUUUCCAAAACUCAGCUUUUGCUGGCAGAACCUGUAGAUGUGAUGGAUGAAGGGUCCUCAACUGUGACUGCGGUGGGGAUGAGCAUUAUCCUUGGAGUUGCCGAGGGGGAUAUCUUUGCAAAUGAUGCUGAGACGCAGAAAUCUGCACUUCAAGUCAUUAUCAACUGCGUCUGCGGGCCUGAUAAGCGUAUCUCCAGCAUCGGCAAGUUCAACUCCGGAACGCCUCGUCGGAAAAACCUGCAGAACCCCAAGAGCACAGAGAGUGUGCUGACUAAGAUGUGGAAUGUGGUACAGGCCAACAACGGCAUCAAGGUGUUACUGUCCUUGUUGACUGUGAAGACACCCAUCACUGAUGCGGAUCAGAUCCGCACUUUGGCGUGCAAGGCCCUGGUGGGCCUGUCACGCAGCAGUGCUGUGAAGCAGAUCAUCAGCAAGCUGCCCCUUUUCACCAGUGGCCAGAUCCAGCAACUGAUGAGGGAGCCUGUGCUUCAGGACAAGCGACACGAGCACGUCAAGUUCUGCAAGUAUGCCUCUGAGCUGAUUGAGCGUGUCUCUGGGAAGCCGUUGUCCAUCGGCUCCGAUGUCUCACUGGCCCGGCUUCAGAAGGCAGAUGUGGUGGCACAAACACGGAUCACCUUCUCUGAGAAAGAGCUGCUCUUACUCAUCCGCAACCAUCUGGUGUCUCAUGGCCUGCACGACACAGCAUCAAUGCUCACCAAGGAGGGUGACCUUCCCAGGACACCAGCCAUCCAAGCUGCACCGCCACAUUCUCCCGCCUUUGCAGCCACCGCCCCUGGCACCUCCCCUGUCAGCUUACCCCGGACUCCCAGGCUAGCCAAUGGCAUUUCAUCUCGAACCAUCAACCUAACUGCAUUUCCACCAUCCUGCCAAGCGAAGGCAGCAGCUACUCAAGGGGCCACCUCCACCUCUGGGCUCUCCUGUCCCAAUGGCUCACCAAUUAUCGGCAAGAUAAGUUUUUCCAAGGAAAAGCCAUCUCCCUGCAAUGGCACGAACCUGAAGAAGCAGAGAUUAAUUCGACAGAAGUCAGACUAUGGGGCUUACAACCAGACGCCAGCUAUUAAAAAACAACUGGACCGCCACCUCCCAUCACCACCUUCCUUGGACAGCAUCAUUACAGAAUACCUCAGAGAACAGCAUGCCCGCUGCAAGAACCCUGUUGUCACCUGCCCUCCUUUUUCCCUCUUUACCCCUCACCAGUGCCCAGAGCCAAAGCAGAGACGGCAGGCACCAUUGAACUUCACCAGCCGUGUGACCCAUAGGUCUGCUUUCCCUAAAUAUGGAGGAGUGGAUGGGGGCUGCUUUGACCGGCAUCUCAUCUUUAGCAGGUUCCGACCCAUUUCUGUGUUCAGAGAAUCAGAUGAGGAAGGCAGUGGUUUUACAUGCUGCACAUUCUCUGCGCGAGAGCGGUUUCUGAUGUUGGGGACAUGUACGGGAGAAUUAAAACUCUACAAUUUAUUUAGCGGCCAAGAAGAGGGUACAUAUGCCUGUCAUAAUUCUGCCAUAACACACCUAGAGCCAUCCAAGGAUGGAUCCUUGUUAUUAACGUCAGCAAGUUGGGGCCAGCCUCUCUCUGCUCUCUGGGGAAUGAAGUCAGUCUUUGACAUGAAGCACUCAUUCACAGAUGAUCAUUAUGUGGAAUUCAGUAAACUCUCUCAGGACAGAGUCAUUGGGACAAAGGAGGAAGUGGCUCAUAUAUACGAUAUCCAGACAGGCCAAAACAUCCUCACUCUCUACAAUCCUGACCUAGCCAACAACUACAAGCGGAAUUGUGCAACCUUUAACCCCACAGAUGAUUUGGUGUUAAAUGACGGAGUGCUGUGGGAUAUCCGUUCAACACAGGCCAUUCACAAGUUUGAUAAGUUCAACAUGAACAUCAGUGGAGUGUUCCAUCCAAAUGGGCUGGAAGUCAUCAUCAAUACAGAGAUUUGGGAUCUGCGGACAUUUCACCUUCUGCACACAGUCCCAGCAUUAGACCAGUGUCGAAUAGUCUUCAACAACACAGGCACGGUUAUAUAUGGAGCUAUGCUGCAGGCAGAUGACGAAGAUGAUUUGAUAGAAGUGCGGAUGAAGAGUCCUUUUGGAUCCUCUUUCAGGACCUUUGAUGCUACUGACUACAAACCAAUAGCAACCCUUGAUGUGAAGAGGAACAUUUUCGAUCUUUGCACAGAUACUAAGGACUGCUAUCUGGCUGUAAUUGAGAACCAAGGCAGCAGCAUGGAUGCCCUGUCAAUGGACACUGUCUGCAGAUUGUACGAAGUGGGGCGUCAGCGGCUUGCAGAGGAAGAGGAUGAAGAGGAGGAUCAGGACGAGGAAGAAGAGGAUGACGAUGAUGAUGAUGACGAUGAUGAUGAUUCUGAAGAUGACCUGGAUGACUUGGACACUGACCCAUUGCUGGAUGGGGAGGAUGAAAAUAACGGGAGUGAGGCAAAUGCAGCCCAGGAUGGAGAACGGGACUUCACGGCGUCUGAUGAGGAGGAGCUAGAAGCUCUACUGGGUAAUGGUGAAGAGGAAGCUGAGGAAGAGGAGGAGGAGGAAGACGAAGAUGAAUGGGAAGACGAAGAUACAGACAUUCUUGGAGAUUCGGAUACCACAGAUAACUCUGACUUGGAAGAUGAUAUUAUCCUGUCCCUGAAUGAAUGAUCCUACCAGCUGGAUUGAUGGACCUGGCACGCAUCACGAUCCAGGCAUGAAGAAUGCCCACCUAGUGGGCGAGACAGAAAGGAUACUAGGAGUAAUGAAUGUUUUACUUCAGGGACUGGGAGUUCAGCCCUGUGACAUACACGUACACAUGAGGAGACAAAGAAGAAGCAAAAAAAAAAUCUACUUGCAACUUUCCCAUCCAAUUCUGUGCAAUCACAAAGACUGGUCAGCUCUUUCAGACUAUGGGGCUGUGGAAUAAUUUUGCCUCGGUGGCAGCAAGCUUUUGUAAGGUCUGCUUUUGACCCUCAUGCAGUAUCGCAGCUUGGAGAGACUGCAUUUAGAAAAACUGAGAACAGUUUGUUUUUUUUAAUGGAUUUUCUAAAACACAUUUGUUUAUAUGUGUGAGUGUACAUAUUAAAAAAAAGAUAUGGAAGGUUUAUGAAGAGAACCAUAUAUUUAGGGUGAUCACAAUGAAGAUUUGGGCCAUGAUUUUCCACCAUUUCAUAUCAUGGGUAAAGUUUCUGGACUGAGCCCAUGCCCUACUAAAUGCGUCUCAUUGCUGCUUGUGUUUUAACAUUAAGGUGCACCUCAGUCAGUGUUGCAGAAUAGUUUGUGCUUUAGAUGCCAUAGCUUUCUGCGUACAGUAAGUGUUGAUAAGUUAAUCAGGAUCCUGAGGCAGCAGAUGUGCCAAUAAAUGAUCGCCUUUAUCAAACUUUGUGUGACAAGUGCGCAAAAGCAACUGUGCCCCAGCGUUUCUCAAUGGCUCCGGGUGGUGCACCCUCGCCCAGAUUCAGCCUGCAUCAACAAUUGAGAUGUACUCCGAGGAGUGUCAUCAGUCCUUUGUUUCUGCUUCUUUAACAAUGUUACUACUCACUUCUAUCAUCACUCUCCAGGAGAGGGAGGAAGAAAGCACCGUACAUUGUCUAGUUGUUUGAGACACUUUGACAUUAAUUGAAGGUAGCAUAAGUUAAGCUAACUUGGAGUUUUUACAGUUUGCAAUGUGUCCUUGCUGGAGAUUGAAAAUAUGCUUGUAUGGGGCAGGGUUGUGAAUGACCAUUUCUGAAUUCUGAGUUUGAAUGCAGUUUACUCAACAGUUGAAACUCAUUUAUUCUUUUCAAAGCAUGAGAAUUCUGGCUGGACACAGUGCCAAAACUGAUUUUAAAAAUUAGUGCACUCACAACAUGUGUUUGCAUUUUGAGGUACAUAUCCAAACUUCUAUUACACACAUUUCAAUCAAGGUGUGUGAAUGGUCCAUUCUGAGCUUUUUUCAAUAUGUCCAGCUCCAUGAAGGAGAAAUGCUAAUAGUUCUUCUCACAGAACUGAAAAGAUUACCUACAGGGAUGCGCUGUGCUGCAGUAACAAUGCAUUUAUUGUUGAGUUCUUUAGCUGAAAAAGGAAAGAUGCUGGAAUUAUCCCCUUUUACAUAGUCAACUGCUUGCAGGAAACCUUGCAAGUCAUAUGGGAUAUAUGUUAAUUAUAACUGAUAUGCAACACCUCAACAUUAGAAAAGGCAAUAAGGGUUCCUGCUGAAUUUUCCUACAUCUUUUUGGCCUCUCUAAAUGAAAUGGUGACGAAUUGUCCCCUUUGCAGGAACCUAGGUUUGAAUCCAACUCCAUUUGUGGAAAAGCAGCAGGCUUUUAUCCCACCAUUGGCUUUUCCCAGAUAUGAAAAGUCUAUACUAUAACCUCUAUCAGGUUCCAUAUCUCUCUUGAAUCUUACAACAGUGGUAUAGAGGAAUGGUUACCUCAAGGAAUAGUAAUCUCCAGUAUGAAAGUGUCUCUUGAUAACAUAUAGCCCCUCCUUAAUCGAGCAAUUUGUGACUGACAGUUGAUUUGUUGAUGGCAAUUGAAUUAAUCCUCAUUGCAAUUAGAGGGUAACAGUUUAAAAUUGCUGAUGUGAGAUAGUCUUAUGAUACACUAAUGAAUUAUUGUAUCUGUUUCUGGUUUUUUUUGCAACUGCUUUCUCUGGCACAUUCUUCUAAGCACAUUUCAUGCCUCCAUCCAUUUUCCAAUUCCAGAUAACAUUACCAGUGAUUUACAACAGCAAAUAAGUCAACCAAGUCAUUGAAAUAUGGGCGUAAUGACCAUAGCUUUUUCAGAUUUUCCACAUGGCUGUUUAAUGCAUUAUUUCCUGCCUCCAAUGAGCUGGGAAUAAGUUGAAAUGAAAUAAAGUCUGGUGCCACCUAAGCAGUAAGUGGCUGUGAUCUCCUGAACUCUUAGUAGGUGUGGUAUAAAGUCAGUAUAAGUAUUGUGUUCAAACAACAAUUUAGAAAAGGAUAGAAUUUUGAGGCCAGUCCAAUCCUGUUGCAAAUUAAAUUUGUGUAAGAUAUGACCUGGAUUGAGCGCUCAACAUCUGUCUCUUUUGUAUAUUUAACAAAAUAAUCAUGUAUUUUGGGGCUGAGAGACUGUUGGGCAGUGCGGAGAGAAUGGGUGCUUAAUGGAGCACAUGCUGGCCUUUGAUCUGAAUGCCAAUCCUCUUAGGUGGCAGUGUCAGAAGUCUCCCUUGAGGUGCUGGUGGAGAGACACUUGAGCAAGUGGCUUAUUAUUGGUAAUAUCACACUAAUGCAGUACAACAGCAUUCUAUUUACCACAAAGUCUUGGGCUAUAAACAACAAUUAAAUGUGUUUAACUUGAAUCCCAUUCAUUUGGACAUAAUCUGAAUGCUCUGCUCUGAUUUAGGAAUUGCCCAUCAGCAGUUAAAACGAACCAAUGAAUAAAGGGACCUAAGACUACUGAGACGGAAAUGUCUGGGCAUCAGCAACCAGAUCGCAGGAUUCAAGGCCAUUGAACAUCCAAUUGCAGGAUGACAAUUACUUUGAGACAGUUGAAAGGGGCCCCUUUCUCUAUCUGAUGCUGGACGUGAUCUGAGUCUCAGGUGUUGACUCUCAAUUCCUAAAGACCAUACGUUCCAUGUCUCCAUUGUUGUCUUCCAUCUCAUGAACCAAACCCCUUCAGGAAAGAAAUAUAGCCUCGUUGCAUCUUAACACCAUAAUAAAUGUGUUCUCAAUCAUCAUUAAUCUGGAAGCCUUUACCCUGAGUGGACUGAGCACAGCACAUAGCCAUCCUUGUUGUAGGUAUUUUUCAAAAUGGCAUUUCUGGAUCUCAGUCUCCACAACAGCUGUAUUGGAACAGAUUCAAAGCAGUAUGCUAAAUGUGGUGUACUGGUGUUAUUGUGGGCUUGUCUGGGUGCAAACAGUAGUGUCACUGAAAUAGUUCUUCAAGGAGGAUGCUGAAAAAUCUUUUAAUAACAAAGGAUUAAUGGUUUAAUCCUCUGCCUGUUCCCCCCUGAUGACAUCUGCUGACUUGAGCCAAAUGGUCCUAAUACAAGUAUCUGCCACUAAGUGGUGCUAGCAUACAGGAAAUGCUGGUUGCAUGCACUGGUAUCGAGGCACAGAAUGUCAAGGAUGGUGCUUUUUUUUUAAAGAAUUGGUUUUAUGUUAUUUUUCCAUUUGUUCUUGCUGGAUUUGGUCGAGUGGUACAAAGUAAUUUCUGCCCAGCCAUAAUGUGGUCUGUUAACAGAAGUACACCUCCAGUGAAUUUUCAAAGUAAUUUUUUUAUAUAUAUGUUAAAGAAAUAGGGACAGCUUGUCAGUGAGUUUUUAAAAAAAAAUGACAAGCAGGGACUGGGACUGCAUUCAUCUUGCCGGGGUGUCUCAAAUCUUUUGUGCAUUUUCUUGUAAUUUAGGAGUGUGUGAUAUGAAGCACAAAAAGGAGUCUGUAAAAAAAAAAAAAAAUAUUAGGCCUUGUACAGAAUUUAGCUGACAUAUUUUUAUUACUGGAAAUCAAACAAAUAAAGAUUACAAAAUCAGAGUC